GGUAUGCUAGGUAAUCUCGGCUUGCCGUGCUGAAUUGGCACUAAUCGUACGCGGCAGCGGACCAGGCGCCAGUAGAAGGCUUCGUAUAGCUCCUAGCUUCCGUAUAGUUCGCGACCGAGACCACCUCUAGCCGCAGCGGCCGCACAGGGCCUUGCACAAGUCACCGAGCAAAAAGCCUAGCUAGUUGCGUUAUAGCGACCUCGCGCCGUUGGCCGGGGAUCCCUGGCUUGACAUCGUCAAAAAGCCAGCAAAAAGCCAUGCCUGGACUCCCCGCGGCGGGCGGACGCCCCGCGGCGGGCGCCGAGGCCCUUGUUCUUCGCGCGGCUGAGAGGAGCUUGAAAGACGUGCUCGAGCUCGUGAAAAUUGGAGCCCUCGACCCGUCGACGCUAGGGAGCCUCUCGGGCCUCUGCGAGGAGCUCAAGCGGACCAGCGUGCCGCGUGUCGUCGACGCUGCGGACGCCGGAGACGACGACGAGGCUGAUACGGAAACCGAGGACCCGGCGCGGCCGUCGGACGGCACGGUCACGCCCAUACGAUUUGCGGCGCCGGCGCCGCGGCCGCGCCGGCGCAAGCUGGGCGAUGGCGGCGAGGCCGCGCUGGCACUGGGCGCGCUGCGGCUGUCCACCAAACCCAUGGACGCGGCCUGGACGUCGCGGGGCGCGAAACGCAAUCCGGAACGAGAACCUGUCGAGAGCGAAAGCGACGCCGACGCCGACGCCGAGGACGCGUCGCGCGUCAAGCGGCGCCGCGAGAGGCUAUGUAGUCCGUCCCCCGACCGCGCCGGCGCGACGACGCCUCCCCCUGUAGACGCUCCGACGCUGCCGGAUCCCGCCGCUCAAGCGGCCGACGCGGCCGCGGUCGCGGCGGAGGCGGCAGCCGCCGCCGCUGCGGCAGCCGCGGCCGAGGCCGCCGCCGCGGUGCCGGCGCCGCCGAAGCCGCCCAUCGGCCCGCUGCCAAAAACCCCGCCGUUCGGCGACCUCGAGAACCUGCCGGCCGAGGUCGCCCUCGAUAUCGUGUCAAGGCUCAAUGCGAAGGAGCUCGGGCGGUUGGAAUGUACGUGCCGAGGCGCGCGCGGGACCCCUGGUUUGGUGGAGCUGGCGGUGCUCCGCGUUAAACGCCACGAUUAUGCUAUCCCUAUACCCACAACCCGUGAGAACUGGCCGCAGGUCGUCCAGCGCUGGGAGUGGACGAACUCGAGCCGCUCGAUCUCGACGCGCAUGGACGAGGUCGCGGCGACGCUGGACUCGCUCGACAUGUCCUUCUCCCUGGGGUUCGGCGCGGAGCUUCAGACCGAUGAACCGCCGCGGCGCCGACGAGCGGUGGAGGCUGACCCCGCGCCCCCUGCGCUCUAA